AUGUAUGGUGGGAGACAAUCGUACACUACAGGGUUAGAGCCAAAGGAGGAUGAACCUCAAAUAAAUUCCAAAUUGGAGUCUAAUGCCGAGGCCAACACUUCUAGGAAACCUAGCACAUCUGCUAUGGGUGAACAGCGAAAGGGUGUAGAGAUGGUUCAAGAAGCAGAAAUUGUAGAGCACGAAGAUGCGGGAGGAGAGAAAAUGCUCACUGAGUUGAUCACAAGCCAGUUGGAGGUGGAAAGAGAAGUUGAAGAUAACCGGAUAGAGAUUAUGGAGGUCACUGAAGUCCUUACAAUCACAGAUGGGCAUGAGGGAAAAGAACUCAGUAGUGAGAUGACUGGGAGAAAGGGUCCUUCAAGAUAA